AUAAACAUGCUAUACAUCAUAAAUUUACUUUACAAAAAGAAUGACAAAACUAUUAAUACAAUCCAUAAAAAUCCAAUGAUCAAAAAAUUGCUAGGAGGUGGUUAGUCGCCUUAUAAAUGAUCAAUGUUUAGGCGGACGCCCUACACCAUUUUUUAAUGCAUAGACCAAUAUUAAAAAAACACGGUUUGAACAAAUCGUUUCAUUUCUACCUGAUUUGUUGCCGUCUAGAUGCCUAGACCGGUUUUAUAACAUUGUGGAGGUCUAUAUCAAUUUAUAAAAAGGGUUACAGAAUUUUACAAAUCAAAAUUAUAUAUAUAUAUAUAUAUAUAUAUAUUAUUUUCAUAAUCCACAUAACUUUUAAAAUCUUCUUUUACAAAAAAAAAAACUUUUAAAAUCUAUCAGUUUUAAAAUUCGUCAACUGGGCACAAAUCAUCUCCCAAUAGCAUUCCAUUAGAAUUACAUUUUGUUUUGGUAAAGGUCAAUUUGAUAGAAUAAAGGAUGAGAAAUAAAUAAAAAAAUGUCUUUUCUUAGGGGUAACAAUCUUAAUUACUAUUUACCUAGUCGUCUAGCAGUUAUAUCAUUUAGUAAAUUUGCUUUACAUAUUUCACCAUUUCCCAAUUACAUUCAUCAACAUAUCUUAUCUUUUUACCCUAGUGCAGCAGUAUGAACUAUUCACUUUACCAUGGGUGAAAAGAGAUGGGUAAAGAGGAUAGGAAAAAUGGUCUAACCAUGGUUAGGUUUGAUAACCAGUCAUUAAAUGGUUUCUGAUUUCUAGAUUACGAUUAGUUUCUAAUUAGUACCGAGCAAAUGAAACAAACAAGUUAGUUGCAGGUUUCUUUCAAACAUUUUUUGGUAUAUUCGAAUUUAACAUUUCAUGUUAUAAUAAAGGAAAAAAAAAACAGUUUAAAAGUAUGUGUUGAGAUAAUCUCUCGGGUUGUUUGGUUCUUGUUCUGUAUACAUCAUGAGAAGGGAGAGAAAAUAAAUAACAAUUUAAAAAGGAGUGUGUUUAUUAUUUAUUGUGGUCUUGUCCGUACCUGAUUAUUGCUCCUCUGUGAUCUGAUCGGCCAUUAAAGCAUUAUGAUACCUCUUUUGAAGUGAAAAAAAAAAAACACAAGCUCUGCUGUUUCUCUUUAUUUCUCUUUCACUUCACUUUCUCUUCUGUCUCUCUCGCUUCUUCUUCUAUGCGCAAGUGAGAACACUUGAUGUUCAUGUCUUGAAGAAAGCUUUAAUAUUCUUGUCUGAAAAGGAACACGAAACGACUAAAUCUUUUCUAUCAUAAAAAUGGAGCAAGAGAGAAGCUUGGAUCCACAGCUAUGGCAUGCUUGUGCAGGAUCAAUGGUUCAAAUCCCUUCCCUUAAUUCAACCGUCUUCUACUUCCCUCAAGGCCACGCCGAACACGCUCACGCGCCUCCUGAUUUCCACGCGCCGCGCGUCCCUCCUUUAAUCCUCUGCCGCGUCGCCUCCGUGAAGUUCCUCGCCGACUCAGAAACUGACGAAGUCUACUCCAAAAUUACGCUUUUGCCGCUCCCCGGCAACGACCUGGAUCUGGAAAACGACGCCGUUCUCGGUCUCACUCCGUCUCCCGACGUUAACGGCAGCGAGAAACCAGCGUCCUUCGCCAAAACGCUGACGCAGUCCGACGCUAAUAACGGCGGCGGUUUCUCCGUCCCCCGCUACUGCGCCGAGACGAUUUUUCCGCGGCUCGAUUACACGGCGGAGCCUCCGGUGCAGACCGUGAUCGCCAAAGAUAUCCACGGCGAGACUUGGAAGUUCCGGCAUAUCUACAGAGGAACGCCUCGCCGUCAUCUUCUAACCACCGGGUGGAGCACUUUCGUCAACCAGAAGAAGCUAAUCGCCGGAGACUCAAUCGUCUUCCUCCGGUCCGAAACCGGCGACCUCUGCGUCGGAAUCCGUCGCGCCAAACGCGGCGGUCUCGGAUCUAACGGCUUAGGAUCCGACAACAACAGCAACAGCAAUAAUCCCUACCCCGGAUUCUCAGGCUUCCUCCGCGACGACGAGAUAACAACUUCGAAGCUAAUGAUGAUGAAACGCAACGCAACCGGCGGCGGCGGGAACGCUAACGACGCGAACGCGCCUGGGGGGAGAGUAAGAGUGGAGGCGGUCGCGGAAGCGGUGGCGCGUGCGGCGUGUGGACAAGCGUUCGAAGUUGUUUACUACCCGCGAGCGAGCACGCCGGAGUUUUGCGUGAAGGCUUCCGACGUGAGAUCAGCAAUGAGGAUAAGAUGGUGCAGCGGCAUGCGUUUCAAAAUGGCGUUUGAGACGGAAGACUCUUCGAGAAUCAGUUGGUUCAUGGGUACCGUCUCCGCCGUUCAAGUCGCUGAUCCAAUCCGUUGGCCUAAUUCUCCUUGGCGUCUCCUUCAGGUAGCUUGGGACGAACCGGACUUGCUGCAAAACGUGAAACGGGUUAGCCCGUGGCUAGUCGAAUUGGUAUCGAACAUGCCAGCGAUUCACCUCUCUCCUUUCUCCCCGAGAAAGAAGCUGAGGAUUCCGCAGCCUUUCGAUUUCCCUUUUGACGGUACCAAGUUUCCGAUGUUCUCCCCUGGAUUCGCCGCCGGUAACAAUGGCGGCGGCGAAUCCAUGUGUUAUUUGUCAAACAAUGACAACAACAACAACAACGCUCCUGCGGGAAUACAGGGAGCCAGGCAAGCUCAACAACUCUUCGGAUCACCAUCUCCGUCUUUGUUGUCUGAUCUCAAUCUCAAUACUUUUCACUCCGGUAACAAAUUACAACAAUCUUCUUCUUCUCCGGCGAUGUUUCUCUCCGGUUUCAACCCCAGGCAUCAUUACGAUAACAUCGUCGUGCCACGUCAGACUCGGGACGCUGAGUUUAAUAAUAACAUUUCGUGUUCUUUGACAAUUGGGAAUCCUGGUUUAGUUCAGGACAAGAAGAAGUCCGGUUCGGUUAAGACUCACCAGUUCUUGCUGUUCGGUCAACCUAUUUUGACCGAACAGCAAGUCAUGAACCGGAAACGGGCGUUGGAAGAAGAGGCGGAGAAGGAGGAGAAAGGUGGGUUAACAUGGAAUUACGGUUUGCAGGGGCUUGAGACGGGUCACUGUAAAGUUUUCAUGGAAUCUGAGGAUGUUGGACGAACGCUCGAUCUCUCGGUUAUUGGCUCGUACCAAGAGUUGUACCGGAAACUGGCCGAGAUGUUUGGUAUAGAAGAGAGGUCCGAUUUGUUGACCCAUGUUGUGUACCGGGACGCAAAUGGUGUUACAAAACGCAUUGGAGACGAACCUUUCAGUGAUUUCAUGAGAGCAACGAAGCGACUAACGAUCAAGAUGGACAUACGCGGCGACAACGUGAGAAAGACAUGGAUAACCGGGAUCAGGAAUGGCGAAAAUGGUAUAGACUCUUCUACUAAGACUGGUCAGCUUAGCAUCUUCGCUUGAAGCAUUGAAGAUGUUUUGAUCCUAGUUUUGAUUCUCCGUCUUUAAAUUUGUUUUGAUGUACUUUGGUUCUAUGUGUGGAACAAACUAUUUCCAAGUUUUUAAAGUAAUUCCUGAAAUUGGUACUUGAAUUUUAUUUGUUUGGGUUGUGAGUUGUAUAUGUUAAUGAAAGAACCUGAAAUAUUAUUUGGGAAUA